GUAGUUGCAGUCACUGAUCUCGGUGGCACCUGCUCGGGCUGCACCGUGACGUACCGGGGGGGGCGCAGCCCAGGCCGCGCAGCUAUGGCGAGCGUUGUCGCCGCAAAGCAGCAGCCUCCAGCGCGGGACCAGCGGGCACCCGGCGGGGCAGCUACCGCCGCCGCCGUGUCGGCGCUGCUGGGAGAUACGGGGCUGGCGCUGGGCGGCUGCGUGGCGGCGGCUCUGAGCUGGGAGCGGCCUCUGCGCAGCCUGGGCGGCUUCGUCUGCGCCAAUCUGCUCUUCUGGUUCCUUGCACUGACCCCUUGGAGAGUGUAUCACCUGACUUCUCUCAUAAUACUCGGUGUUGUAAUAAUGCAGAUCGUAAAGGAUAUGGUAUUGUCUAGAAUAAAAGGUGCACAGCUCUGGAGGAGCCUCACUGACAGUUGGGAAGUUGUCAGUUCCAAAUCGGACUACAGACCCCGAAUAAAUCAAUGUAUUGCUGAAGCACUGAUGAAUUUGUUUAUAUUUCUUGAAGAGAUGUCACACUUCAAAGAGCAGAAUCCUGGCAAGUUUUGCCUUCUAGUCUGCAGUGUAUGCACAUUUUUCACCGUCUUGGGAAGUUAUGUUCCUGGAGUUGUACUGUCCUACUUUCUGUUACUCUGUGCCUUUUUAUGUCCUUUCUUCAAGUGCAAUGAAUUUGGGCAGAAAGUGUGCAGCAGAAUUAAGUCAGUUCUGCUGAAACUGGAUUUUGGACUUGGGGAUUAUAUCAACCAAAAGAAAAGAGAACGAUCUGAAGCAGCAAAAACAAAAUCCACAGAAGAUGAGAGUGAAUUAGACAUAUCAGCUUUGUGUCCUAAGGUUAGUCCUGCAGUUGUUGCCAAAGAGCUAUCAGUGUCUGACACAGAUGUAUCAGAGGUAUCUUGGACUGAUAAUGGGACCUUUAAUUUAUCUGAAGGAUACACUCCCCAGACAGACACAUCUGAUGAUUUUGACCGACCGAGUGAUCAUGAAGAAGCUUUUGCCAGAGAUCUUGCAGAAUUUCCCUCCUUAGAAAAUGGUGCAGGAACGAAUGAUGAUGAUGACUCAAGCAUUGGCCUGCCUACUCAGCAAAAGAGAAAAAAGGAACAAAUGCCUUUCAAGGCAGAUCAUUCUCCCAAACAGAGUACAGAGAGACCAUCUGCUGCAGGCUUCUCCUUGCCUUUGACCAGUGGCCAAACCUUUAACUUAGUGAGUGGUAUUGCUGGCGAUGUCAUUGCAGCUGCAGUAUCUGCUGCCAUCAAAGACCAGUUGCAAUCUGCACAGGAAGCCCCUUUACAGGCAUUCCCCAGUCUGAGCGAGGAGACAGAUACAGAAGAAGCUGAUGAUUUUGAACUGCUUGACCAGUCAGAGCUUGAGCAAAUUGAGAGUGAACUGGGUCUUACACAAGGCCAGGAAGGGCAACCACAGGGAAAAAAGAAAUCUAAAGGCUUCCUUUCAAAUCUACUUGGAGGUCAUUAAACCGGAAAUUGGAGUUAGUAACAUAGCAGGAAUGAAACAAAAAAAACCCAAUAAAAUGCAAAAAAGGAAAAAUCUGAGCUGUAAGCUUUAACUAUUACUUUAGAUGUGUUGUAAUAAUUCCCUUUAUGCAGAGUGAAUUAACUGGAUACAUAACAGCUGACACUGAUAGUUUAAUGUUCCUGAUAGUUAUGCCUCAGUGUAGUAGCAUGGAAACGAAUUAUCUAUCCACUGUUUGGUCACAGAUGAAUGUUGGAGGUCAGUUGUUCUUCAAAAACAAACAUUGACAAAUUUAUAUUUGGGGUCAUCAGCCAAAUGCUCUCCAUCUUGGGUUUGUUUACACAUAGUUUUCAAAAAUGCAAAGCAUUUAAUGAUAAAUAGAAUUAUCAGUGGGAUGCAACAAGAUGAGCAAAAUCUUUUAACUGUCUCGCUAAUCCAUGUAGUCAUCAAUGUAUGCAGUGCAUUUGAUGUUCACAAACGUUUUAACCAGUAUAACUCUCUAGUUUAAGUAUGUGUGCAACACCAUCAAAAUAAACUAAAGUUGUGUUGCUUAUGUAAAACUUGAAAAUUAUUUUUAUGGGAUAGGCUGAUACAUUUCCAAGUUCUCUGUUGUUUAGGUUUGUAGUUAUGAAAUGGCAUGCUACUAGAUUGACCAUGUGCUGUGUUCUCUGCUACAGUUUGUACUGGGCGGCAUUGCCCAUAGAAAACAAAGUUGUAUUUGAGAUUAUGACUAUCAUGUAAACUGAACAAGGAGUGAACAAGGUGAGUUUUUUAUUCUUGUUGAUAUUAUUAGUAUUAUUACAAUUAUAGUUUGGAAUAGGGAAGCCAUGAAAAGAUGAACUGCGAAGCUUUACACUUGUUACUUCCGGAAUUCAAAGUUCUGUUUUUUUCUUGAGAUAACUUUUUUCAUGAGUUGACAUCACUUGCAAAAGAAGUUCUGUAGAGAGCUAUAUUCCUUAAGUUCUUUCAAGCAUUGAGUGAUUUAGGUCAGCUCUUACAGAAGAAAUGCAGAAUCAUCUUGGCAUGUGCAUGAAGGAAGAACUUGUGUUAAAAUAUUUAUUUGUAAUGUUUAACUCCACAUACACUUGAUUACUGACUUGGGAAGUUAAAUGUAUAACUUAUUGAAAUUUUAAACGUUUUGGAUCAUUUUCAAACACAUAUAAAAGGUAAUACCAGUUUAAAAAAAGAUUGAUAGGAAGUAAAGCUAGUUUUAUUAAUGUGAUGUAAACUGUUAGCAGGGUUGAGGGACCAUGUCAGCUGUUGCCACUAAUCUUAACUGAUAUCCCUUUUGCUGGCAUUUUACAGAUAGAUGUUGUCAUCUAGAACCCUCACAAAGUAUAGCCCCAGCUUUUAGGAAGGUUUGCUUUUCUUCCACAAUAGACUACACUUAGAUUAACCCCCAUGUUCUACAGUAACACAGUUUCAAAUUUGCUUUUCUUUCUGAGGUGUUAAAGAACUAGACAGAUUGCCAAAAAAUGUAGGUAAAGGAAAACUACUGGAGACUUUUGACACUAACUGUAUUGUUACUUGUGCUUAUGUGUCAGUAAUGCCUAUUGACUGUGUUUGCUGUCCUUUAUCAGUACAAAAGUGAGCCUGUGCCUUCAUUGUCAAACCCAUUAUAAAACAAGUGAAAGCUGGAUGUAGAGCCCACAAAAUGUAGCUUCUUAAAUGAUAUCAUCUUCACAUUUAAUGCAGAUUUCUGGAAAUUAUUAUGAAAAUGAAGUAUGACACACAUCUUUCACAAUGUAUUAAGUAUUAGGUUUCUUUUAUAAAUUUUCCCAGUCUGUGCUUCCCCAUUUAAAAAAGAACAAACCUUUGGCCAGGAAAUCAGCAUAAAAGCCGUUUCAGUUUUUCAGAGAAAUGAAAAACUCUGUUUCCUUAAUACAUGUUUGAGACGAUCUAUAUAGUAAGAAGAGUAGAAGUUAUAAGUCAGUGAUGAAGCUUUACAGAAUAUGUAGACUGUGUGCUUCCCUUAUGGGAUGUUAUAAGUGCUAAGUUACAAGACCUGAAAAAAAUAGGAUGGGGAGGGCUGGAGGGGAGCAGUUGUUAACAAAACUUUAACAAGUGGACGAUGAAGCAUACCAGCUUGCUGUCAAUGGUGACAUUGUAACAGUGUGCACUUUAUUGUUGUUUUAUGAAGAAAACUUGUGGUUACAAAAGUAUAUAACACAGGGCACUCUUCUAGAAUUGUUAGUUACAUUGAGGGAAAAAAGUUGCAGGAGGAGUUGCUCAGACUUUUUGUGAAUGAUCCAUUUUCUGGUUUCGAGAUAGAAAAGUAAAUUGAUUGACUACCUGUUCUGGUGUUGAAUGAGUUCCGUGUUACCCAUAGAAAGCAAGGCAAAGCAAAACAUGGAUUUAUCAUCUUUAACUGUUUGUUCAAGACGUAUUGCAGUAGUCAUUAUUCCUCUUAAAUCACUGGCAGAUGCUUUAUAAAAGUAUAUGAGUCUAUAUUUUGUUCAUUUCCAAUUAACCUGUGAGUAUCUGUUAGAGCAGAGCCAGAAUCAAGGCUUUUGAGCAUGGCCUGAUUUUCCACAAAAUUUUCACAAACAAGAAGCACUUGCUUGAGGGGAGAAAAAAAAACAUUUGCUAGGCAGUCCAAUACCACUAAGUGAAUUGUUGUGCAAGAAGGAACAGCUUCUCUCCUCCUAAAAGAUCCUGUUCUCAUUGUGUUUAUUUGGAAUCCAUGUUAGGAAUGCUAAUGUUACUAUAUUCCAGUGUCAGCAACAAAAUAGCCUUCAUUUAAGAAUUCCUGCAUUCUAGUCUCCCAGUGAUCCCACAACUGCUUUCAUAACAAGUUUACUCCCAAAUUUUUGCAUUCCCAAAUUAAAUAAAAUACCAACCUCCCCACCCCUCCCCCCAAAAUUAAAAAAAAACCAUGGGCGCACGAGAAGGUAAAAUCAACACUUUAAAACAUAUAUUUGCGUCUUUAUAAAUCUGCUUUGAUAAAUAUAUGAAACAAAACAGUCACAAUCUAGUUGGAUCUGUACGUAUCUAAAGACAUUUUCCACUGGUUAGAAGUGUAGAUGGACCGUAGUUCAGCACUGCAUGCUCAUUAAAAUUCCUGGACUUUUCUGAGCCUUUCCUGAGAAAGGAGUGCUGAAUUGGGGGCCUUAAUUAUGCAAAUCCUGCUUCUUGAACAACAUGUUAAAGUCCUGAACAAAAGAGCCUGCUUUCAAAUAACUUUGAUGUUGAUAUAGAAGCUUUUGUAUGUGUAAUCAUGUAUAUAUACAAUAUAGAAAAUCUGUGAGGAGGAGGGGUAGAUGAUAAUAUUUGAACACAAAAGACCAGGACCUAACAAAAUAUGAAAAAUACAGAUUUUACUUGCUUUUGGUUCAUUUUGCACUUUUUCUAGACAAAUAUGUAUGUUUAUCUAAGCACUCUGAACAAAUGCACCUUGCUCUAAAUUUGUUUUACUAUAAAAAAAAGCAACGUAACCAUCUGUAAAUACAGCCUAUCCAGGUACCAGAAACUGGAAAAUUACAAAACGUCAUUGAACAGUUUUAAGACUGUUUAUCUAAAAUAUUUUGCAGCACUUUACCUAACAUGAUUACUGUUUUAUAAACAUAGAGUUAUUAUACCAGUUGUUUGUAAAACCAUUUAAUAAAUAUAUGUUAGUUUUUAUCUUUCAUUAUAUAUAAUUGUAUGUUUGUUAUCCAAGGGGAAAAAAACUUUAAAAAAACUUUAGUCAACUUAGUGCCACUUCUUGUUUUUGUUUUCAUUUUUCCUUAAUCUGAUGUGAACCACUGUUUAAUAGUGUGGUGGGUCAUACUAAAUAAACAUUCAUUUUAGCUUUCA